AUGACGGGCGCCGCACCUAUUGACAUUUCCUCUCGACAGACCUCGGUCUCACCGCCGGGGCAGCAGGCGUCGAAUCUCACAUCCGCGCUGCAGAGAGCCGGCACCGGUGAGCGCACGGGCAGUAUAUCGCAUCAUGCAAGUGGAGGCCUGGGCAUGUUCAAGCCACCGCCGCCUCGAAAGGACUCGAUCGGCACCGCCACGGCACAAUGGGGGAAUGGAACGAAGCCCAUCUCCAUGUCGGGCUCAGCACGCGACAAGGGUCGCCGCGAAUCGCUGGCCGGGAGCUUGGUCGGCGGCAUGAGCUGGGGUGGUAUCUCGGUCGGAAGCUGGAUACGCGACGACAUCAUCAUGACUGGCACGUCGCCUUUUACCUUCCAGUCGCCUUCUUUCCACUCCUCGUCAUAUUUGCCGAAGCUGGAGGCCAACUUCAUGCGGGACUUUUCCUGCUGCGGUGUGACGUUACCGACACUCCACGACCUCUUACAGCACUACGAAGAAGCCCAUGCGACCAAGUCCCCCAACCAGGGCCAUCGCCCGAGCCAAGGUGAUAAUCGAGCUGCCAUGGCGGCCGCUGCGAUCGCACAGCAGCAGGGCCAGCAACAUGGCAACCAAGGGCGUGGUUUGCAACCCGAUCGAACCCUGGACUUGCAGCGCAAGAUGGGCCAGACCCCCUCCGCAUCCCCGCACGUUGAUCUAGACGCCAUCGAUGAUAUGGAGUUGGACGAGCCUAUGGGAGACGAUGAUGGCACCACCUCCCAGCUGUUCUCUCCCCAGUUACGCGAAGGUGGCCAGGGCGGCUUUGGCAGCUCCAACCAAGGCCCGCAAUUAAGUCUGGGCAUGCUUCCAAACCAUCAAGGCUUCAGCACGCCUUCUCAACCUGGCACGCCCAUCGGAUCUGCUCGUCCGCUCUCUCUGCAGAAUAACCCCACCGUUUCCUCCGUCAAUACCCCGACUUUAAUGGCAAACCCGCUUCAAAACUCCCAAUUUCGAAAUACGCCCGAUUCCUCGGGACCUGGCACACCAGCAGAGAUUGAUGAGAGCAUGGUAGGCGGAUUCGGUGACCUUACUAUGCAGAAUAACGCCAUGGGACAGAAUCAGGGCCAGUAUGGACGCUACACCGGGAAUAACGACAUGCUUGAUCUUUGCAUCGACGAACCGGCCAAGCGAUUGUUCAGCCCCAACGGAGGCAUGGGCACUCCCAACGCCCACUUUAAACUUAGCGGAGCCCAGUACGGACCGAAUAGCGAUAUCGCUCGGCGGAUCCGGGAACAGCAGCUUCUCGCGGGGGUACCCGAUACCACAUCGAUUCUCCCCAACGAGGAACCGAAGCCAUUCCGGUGCCCUGUUAUCGGCUGCGAGAAGGCCUACAAGAACCAAAACGGGCUUAAAUACCAUAAGGCUCAUGGCCAUAAUAAUCAACAACUUCACGACAACGCUGACGGCACCUUUUCGAUCGUCAACCCAGAAACAUCCACGCCAUAUCCCGGUACUCUCGGCAUGGAGAAGGAGAAGCCGUACCGCUGCGAAGUAUGCGGCAAACGCUAUAAGAACCUCAACGGGCUCAAAUACCAUAAAUCGCACUCGCCACCUUGCAACCCCGACUUCCAAAUCGCCGCAGGUCGCAACCUGAACCUCGGCGGAGGAGUCAUGCAGGGACAGAACAUCAACGUUGCUGGAGCUGGACUCCCCGGGAUCGGCGAGGAAGGCCUUCUGUGA